AUGACGCCAGAGGAGCUGUACAGCUUGCUCUUGGACGCACGAACACUUCUCGGCGGAGCAGGCGAUCUGCCACCGGUAACGGCAUUGGGCGGCGGUGAGUACGUUCACUUAGGACUUGUAAAGCAGUUGACUGAGCAGUUACGUGCCUUUUCCAUGAAGGUGGUUGGUAAAGAGAUAGUAGCUUACUUGGCUAUUGACGGUCUUCCUAUUCACAAGAAGACCAAAAGAGAAUUUUGGCCAAUUUUAGGCAGAAUUAUCCAGCCAUUUCUUAGUCAUAUUUUUGCUGUAGGAAUUUAUUGUGGGCAGGGAAAGCCGCCCGAUGUUCAGUCGUUUUGUAAACCUCUAGUUGAUGAGUUAAGAACCCUAUCAAGUUCAGGUCUUCGUGUCGACGACAUCGACAGAACGCUGCAGUUUCGUCUGGCAGCCGUUAUCUGUGAUGCGCCUGCUAGGGCAUUCAUUAAACAAAUUAAGAACGUUAAUGCAUAUUAUGGUUGUGAACGUUGCUAUGUAAAAGGGGAGUACCUCGAUAAAGUAGUUUACGACAGUGUGUCUGAGCCUGCUAGGACGGAUGAGGACUUCUUGACUCCUGUUGAUGGCAGUCAUCGAGUCGGUGGCAGCAAGGAGAUGCGCAUAGAGUCUCGACUCUCGCACUCCAAUCGGAGCUGGCUUCUGAUUGGUUGGUCGCGCUCGUAGCAACAACGUUAGUAAGGCCGCAAUCGAAUGCGCGUACGCUAAUAAGCUGAUCGAUUGUACGGCGUGCUCGAUUUCACACGUCCACGUUUGAGCGCCGUUUCCCGUCUUCCCACGCCACUGCGCGCACGCAUAGCUAACCUGUCUUAACCACUUUUUGUCCUGUCAGUACGUCUCGGCAUCACUGACGCCGACGUACACAGCAUGGUACACGGGGGAGGCAGGGGACAGGGAAGGCAUGCCUCCGGUGAUUCGUUCAGUGCCAGGUGUUGAACCCACGUACUGAGGAGCUCAGAGGUCUCAAGCGUCUACCAGUACCGGCUCGGCGUUCCGGCAGCUGUAAACCCCUUGGUGAUCUCGAUGGCCUUGUAAAUGUCCUCGCCGAAAUGAAUUAUCGCCAACAAGUGGUAUGUUAUAUGAUCAAAAUGUUCACUACUUUUUUAGAUUUCUCACUUAUCUACGCUGGGCCGCGACGCGAUCUCGUCGUUCGUUGACAGGCUAUUCGGAGCGUCACCUUCUACGGACGCCAAACAGGGAAAGUGGUCGCUCUGCGGAUCGCCUAUGUACGGGGUGGUUCUCCGUAAGACCUGCUAGGCAUGCUCACCUACAAUUAUUAUUUCAGAUGUCAUUGGCCAAUGCAACAGCGCUCCGACCGACCGCAAUUUUGGAAGACAUUCAAGAAUGCCUUCAAGAGGGCCUACGACCGCAUGCAAGAACGUGGUAUACCGUGGGGCCGGCAAGCUACACAGGUAAUGAUGUAUGGCGCAGAUUUCCUUCGUAGGUUGCCAUGAUCCGUCCUGCCGCUCUGUAAUGAGUGAGAUGUAGACGCAACUAAAGAGAUUUGUGUGAUUCACGGGUAUACAAAGUAAUUAAAGGCAAUCUAUUGCCUAUGUGUGACUCUAUAUGCUAAACAGAUGUUUACGCGGCUUGGGACAGACGGGGACGAGUGAAUGCCUAUGAGCUCGAGGCCGCCUUCCCAAGACCUUUGAAGAGAUCCCUCGAUGCCCUAAGACAAAGACGUUUGGAGUCUUACUCCAUACUGCACGACCCUGGUGGUUGAUGUAAUACACCUUCUUGGCGUAGAACCGGCAGCAGGGUCUUUAUCGUCCAGGACGUUUGAUGAGAUCUGAAGACAGUUUUUUGUCACUUAUUUCUCUUCGCAAUAGAAUUUGUUUUCCACUACAAGAAAACACUUUCAUUUAAAUUUUUCUUGGGUCACUAAAUAGUGCGUUCAGUAAUAGAUCGGACGGGAGGUGCGGCAGAGAACGUUCGUAGGGGCUAAAAGGCAUAUGUCGCAAAGGAAGGGCCUUCUGUCCCACAACUGCAUAGCGCCGCAUCGCGACUCGUCGCUGUUGUUGCCAUAGCUACCAAAUGAACGAAAUCCGCUAUAAAUGGGUCGUGCCUAUUGCGACUUUUCCACAGAGAGCCGCUGUCGCCCCGCUACGGAAUUACUACUAGAUUACUAAGUCAAACUCAGACGGUGAGUCCGUUAAUAAUACUUUGAUUAAAACGAAAAAACUUUCAAAUAGUGUUUCAAUACAAUUCAUUGGUUUUAGUUAGUUAUUUUGCAAUGUUCACACAUAGGUCUGUUGUAGAUGAGCGCAGUCCCGCCAACGAACCCGGCCCUUCGACGCACCUAGGAAUGAACAUCUCGUACAUUUUUUAUCUUUGUGUAUAUUCUUAAAAACUUUCUCCUAUUUACUAAAGUGCUUAUCUUUCCUAAAGUCUAAAAAGGAUAUUAUCUAUAACCUUAUCGGACGAUGGAUUUCGGUAAUGGGAAGGGGGGGGGGGUUGGGAAAUUCCUAAUUACGAAAAUAAGUAGACUGCCGUGCGGUUGGGAAAGUGAAUUUCGAUUUUUCGGACUGGACUUGAGCGACAACCCCAGUUUCGAUUCCAGAUGGUUGAUAUGACCGCGUCUGCUAUGCCAUAAUUCAGCAAACCAUGGCGCUGGCAGCCUGGUGUGCGCUGGCAGUUCCCCGACGCCUGGUUUCCCGCCGGUGAAUACAUUUGCGUUCCCGCUGGAUAUUUACGUCGUGAGCAUGGCUGCCCAUCCAUCGACCUCCAUCCGACCCGUCGUGGUGUGUUGUUGUUGGUUAAAAUCCUGGUCAUUUUUUGUGUGGAUCAGGGGAUGUGGAGUGGAACGCCAAGGUGUGAUCGGGGUCGCGCCACCUGCCUGCGCCUUCUCCCACCCCUGGUCUUCUUGAUUAUGUCUCGACACAGGAUCCACAUAGGGAGGAGGAGAAGAAGAAGAAGAAGAAGAAGAAGAAGAAGAAGAAGAAGAAGAAGAAGAAGGGGGAGGAGAGAGUGCGGUAG